UGUCCAAUCCUACGAUUGGCAGGUGCGAGGGGAACCAAUCGGAAAGUGAUGACGUGUAGUGUUGGCAAGCAGAUUGCGUGAGAGAAGGAAGGGGUCGGAGGAGCGCAAGAGCCGCAGCGGCGGCCGGCAGCCAAUAGUGAGGCAGAGCAAGGCCCCUUGCGUUAACAGUGGGUGGGGCUUUGGCGAUUGGCGCGGAGGGAGUAGGGCAGGCGCUGUGGGAGGGAUCGCCAGAGCGAGGCGGUGGGGCGAGCUGCUCCUGUGAGGGUAGACAGCUGCACUUCAGGUGUGACUGGUAGCGACGUCUGGAUUGAAAGCGAAGGAGCGAGUGCAAUCCCCUGAGCUUUGUGAGCGCGGUAACCAUGGACCGCCCGGAUGAAGGUCCUCCUGCCAAGACCCUCCGCCUGAGCAGUUUGGGGCCUUCUCAGCGCCACCAGCCGCCGCCGCCGCCGCUCCUGAGAUUGCCCCUGCCUCCACCUCAGCAGCGUCCGAGGCUCCGGGAGGAAACCGAGGCGGCACAGGUCCUGGCUGACAUGAGGGGGGUGGGACUGGGCCCGGCGCUGCCCCCACCGCCUCCCUAUGUCAUUCUAGAGGAGGGAGGGAUCCGCGCAUACUUCACCCUGGGGGCAGGGGGGCCCGGCUGGGAUCCUGCGAUUGAGUCAGGGUAUGGGGAGGUGCCCCCUCCCACAGGGAGCCUGGAAACAACCCCCUUCUCCGAAACCUCUGGGGAAAGCCUAGAAAUUGAUAUUCAGGUUGCAGAGCCCAGCAGCCUUGCUGAAGAGAAGGCCCUAGAAACCUGUAGCUCAGGGGUGUGGGGGCCCCAGAUAUUAGUGGGUCCAAAGAGGAAUGAAGAGGCUGUCAUCAUAGUGGAAGAUGAGGAUGAGGAUGAAAAGGAAAGUGUGAGGAGGAGGCGGAGACGGAGGAGGAGGAAGGUGAAGAAGGAAAGCAAAGAAGGGAAUGCUGAGAGGAUGGAAAGUAUCCUGCAGGCACUGGAGAGCAUUCAGAUGGACCUGGAAGCCGUCAACAUCAAGGCAGGCAAGGCCUUCCUGCGUCUCAAGCGCAAGUUCAUCCAGAUGCGAAGACCCUUCCUGGAGCGCAGAGAUCUCAUCAUCCAGCAUAUCCCAGGCUUCUGGGUCAAAGCAUUCCUCAACCACCCCAGAAUUUCAAUUUUGAUCAACCAACGUGAUGAAGACAUUUUCCGCUACUUGACCAAUCUUCAGGUACAGGAUCUCAGACAUAUCUCCAUGGGCUACAAAAUGAAGCUAUACUUCCAGACAAAUCCCUACUUUACAAACAUGGUGAUUGUCAAGGAGUUCCAACGCAACCGCUCUGGCCGGCUAGUGUCUCACUCCACUCCAAUCCGCUGGCAUCGGGGCCAGGAACCCCAGGCCCACGGUCGCAGGAACCAGGACACCAACCAUAGCUUCUUUAGCUGGUUCUCAAACCACAGCCUUCCAGAAGCUGACAGGAUUGCUGAGAUUAUCAAGAAUGACUUGUGGGUUAACCCUCUACGCUACUACAUGAGAGAAGGGAGCAUCAGGGCAACCAGAAAGAAGCAAGAAGAGAAAGAAAGUAAAGCCAAGGAUGAUCAUGAGAUGCUGAUCAUGGAAGAUGCUUAUGACCAUUAUGCCAUGGAAGACAUUCUCAGCGAGAUCUCAGACAUUGACCAGACUGCUGACAAUGAGACCAUUCAUGAUGUCAAGAUCUCUGAUUUCAUGGAGACCACUGACUACUUCGAGUCCAGUGACAAUGAGAUAACUGACGUCAAUGAGAGCCUGUGUGACAGAAAGAGUCCUGACUACAAUGAGCGCCCCAGCAACGUGAUCACUGCCACUGAGAGUGCUGAUGACAAUGAGAGCCCUGAUAACAACAGUGAGAACCCAGAAGACAAUAACAAGUAUACCUAUGACAAUGAAUAUCCCAACAAUAAUCCUGGUGGUGACAACAAUAGCCUGGGAGAUGGCAACCAGGGCAGCAGUGGUAAUAACCAAGACAGCAUUGAGAGUGACAGUGGAGAUGAGAGCAGUGAUGAUGAAGGUAAUGAUGGCAGUGAAGGUGACAAUGAGGGCAGUGAUGAUGAUGGCAAUGAGGGUGACAAUGAGGGAAGCGAUGAUGAUGACAGAGACAUUGAAUACUACAAGAAUGACUUUGUAGUCUUUGAUAAGGAUCAAGAUAAUAGCACCAACCAGGAAAACUAUGAGAAUGAGGUAGAGAUCAUCUCUGAAGAACCAAUGGAGGAAGAGGAAGAGGGCAAUGAGGAAGGCAGUGAGCAAGGUGAGAGCAGCUACCAGGAGGGAAGUGAAGUGGACUCAGAAGACACUGACAUGGAGCAGGUGCUUCAGGUUCCAAACGCUUGGUCCAACAUGAGGAAGAUGGGGGAAACUGGAUAAACAUCUUAGUCUUCCCCAGGCCAUCUCCUCUCUGUAUCCCUCUUUUCCCUUGCCCUGUUUGCCCUUCCUCUCAGCCCCCCCCCCCCGAAUUGUACUUCUGGGGUGUAACUGACUUCGUACACGGGUUUAAAGUUUAUUUUUAUGGUUUAGUAAUUGCAGAGUUCUCAUGGGGGGGGGGAGAUAUCCCCUCUCUUUUGGCCCUCCUCCCCCACAGGCUUCUGUGUGCUGCUAUUUAUUGUGAUGCCUUGGUCAGGGCCCCUUUAGCCCUCUUCUCUUUGGUGUUGGCCCCAGCCUCUUUCCCCAUGCUGUAUAGAGUGGACACCCUGAUCCUGAAGCGGGCAGGGCUAUUGUGGCCUUCAUCGCAGUCUCGCAGUGGCCUUGGAGGCUCUGCCUCCAUCCUGUUCGCCCAAGUUUUUCCCUUCCUCAGUCCUCUCUUUUACCGCCCGUGCCUGCUAGCUUGCCAGGCCUUGGUGUCUACUACACAAGGCUGCUUAGCCUUUGCUGUAUCCCUGCCCCCUCCCGCAGAAGUCCUGCCUCUCCCUGUGAAUCUUGAUGACCCUAAUAAAACUGAGCAAAUUCAAA